UCUGUUCUUCAUCACACGAACCAGUGUCUCUAUCUCUGCUACUUCGAUGGCGAAGAACUUUGUGAGAGAGAACGUACCUUUAUCAAGAUUCGGAGUGUUGGUGGCACAGUUGGAGUCAAUUGUCGCCUCCGCAGCUCACACUUCUCCUGACGCCCUUCUCUGCUUCGAUCUCCUCUCCGAUCUCAUCUCUGCCAUCGACGACGAACCUAAGGAAUCUAUACUUUUGUGGCAAAGGAAAUGUGAGGACGCACUUCAUUCUCUGCUUACUCUGGGUGCCCGUCGGCCUGUUCGUCAUUUGGCUUCGGUGGCUAUGGCGAGGAUUAUAAUGAAGGGAGAUGGUAUUUCGAUUUACUCGAGAGCGAGCAGCCUUCAAGGGUUUCUCUCUGAUGGGAAGAAAAGCGAGCCUCUGCGAGUUGUUGGUGCUGUACAAUGCUUGGGAGAAUUAUAUCACCAUUUUGGGAGAAGAAUUACUUCUGGAUUACUCGAAACAACUAUUAUUGUGACAAAAUUGAUGAAGUUUGGUGAGGAAUUUGUGAGGCUGGAAGCAUUGAAUAUGCUUCAGAAUGCUUUGGAAGGCUCAGGUGGUAAUGCUGCUUCUUCAGCAUAUACAGAGGCAUUUCGUCUCAUAAUGCGGUUUGCUGUUGGAGAUAAAUCUUUUAUGGUUAGAAUAGCUGCUGCAAGAUGUCUGAAGGCAUUUGCGAACAUUGGUGGACCGGGUUUAGGAGUUGGGGAGCUUGACAAUUCUGCCUCCUAUUGUGUCAAAGCCCUUGAGGAUCCUGUUUCAUCUGUUCGGGAUGCCUUUGCUGAAGCUUUGGGUGCACUACUUGCUCUCGGAAUGAAUCCUGAGGCACAGGUUCAACCAAGGGGAAAAGGUCCCUUUACUCUGAAGAAACUUGAAGGGGGUUUGCAGAGGCAUUUAGCAUCGCCCUUCAUGAAAGCAAGUGGACCUCGGUCGAAGGACAUGCGAAUUGGCCUGACAUUAUCAUGGGUAUUCUUUUUACAGGCCAUUCGUCUGAAGUAUCUGCAUCCAGAUAGCGAGCUUCAAAACUUUGCUUUGCAGGUUAUAGACAUGCUUCGUGUGGAUACGUCUAUUGAUGCACAAUCACUGGCAUGUGUUCUUUAUAUUCUUCGGGUGGGUGUAACAGAUCAAAUGACUGAACCUACUCAAAGGAGCUUUUUAGUUUUUCUGGGAAAACAGCUUCAAUCUCCUGAUGCUAGUCCUUCCAUGGAAGUUGCUGCUUUGCGUACUUUGUCGUAUACUCUGAAAACUCUGGGAGAGGUUCCACUUGAAUUCAAGGAGCUCCUUGAUGACACAGUUGUUGCAGCAUUGUCUAAUUCUUCAACACUUGUUCGUGUUGAGGCUGCUUUGACAUUGCGUGCACUGGCUGAGGUUGAUCCCACCUGUGUUGGUGGUUUGAUUUCAUAUGCGACUACUACAUUAAGUGCAUUAAGAGAAAAUGUUUCAUUUGAAAAGGGUAGCAAUUUGAAAAUUGAGCUUGAUUCUUUGCAUGGGCAAGCUACAGUUUUAGCGGCACUAGUGUCUAUUUCACCAAAGCUACCUCUUGGUUAUCCAGCUAGAUUACCCAGAUCGGUGCUUGAAGUUUCUAAGAAGAUGCUAACAGGAAAUUGUCGGAACCCUAUGGCAGCCACUGUUGUAAAAGAAGCUGGAUGGCUAUUGUUAUCAUCACUACUCGCUUCCAUGCCGAAAGAGGAGCUUGAGGAUCAAGUUUUUGACAUUCUUUCUUUAUGGGCCACAUUGUUCAGUGGGAAUCCAGAACACCAAAUUAAUCAAGGAGGAGACCUGACGUCUAGAAUAUGUGUGUGGUCUGCUGCAGUUGAUGCACUUACAGCAUUUAUCAGAUGCUUUGUUUCUCCUAAUGCUGUGAACAAGGGUAUUUUACUUCAGCCAGUGCUACUAUAUCUUAGUCGGGCUUUAUCCUAUAUAACUUUGUUGAUGGCCAAAGAUCAACCAAAUAUGAAGCCUGCAGUUGACGUAUUUGUCAUCCGCACAUUGAUAGCUUAUCAAUCCCUCUUUGAUCCAAUGGCAUAUAAGAAUGACCAUCCUAGGAUUAUUCAGAUAUGCACUACUCCUUUUAGGGAUGCUUCCAGUUGUGAGGAAAGCUCAUGCUUGAGGAUGCUGUUAGACAACAGAGAUGCGUCGUUGGGCCCUUGGAUUCCUGGAAGGGAUCGUUUUGAAGAUGAGCUUCGAGCAUUUCAAGGUGGCAAAGACGGUAUUUUGCCAUGUGUCUGGGAUAAUGAGCCUCCUAAUUUUCCUCAGCCAGAGACUAUAAGCAAGACGUUGGUGAACCAGAUGCUCCUCUGCUUUGGAACCAUGUAUGCUUCUCAGGAUAGUGGUGGGAUGUUGUCGCUCCUUGGUAUGGUUGAGCAGUGUCUGAAAGCUGGGAAAAAACAACCCUGGCAUUCUGUCAGUGUCACCAAUAUAUGUGUGGGUUUGCUUGCUGGAUUGAAGGCUUUGCUUGCUCUACGUCCCCAACCAUUAGGAUUGGAAAUACUAAAUUCAGCACAGGCUAUCUUUCAGAGUAUUCUGGCUGAAGGCGAUAUCUGUGCUUCACAACGCAGAGCAUCCUCUGAAGGUCUUGGUCUAUUAGCUCGCCUUGGAAAUGACAUUUUUACAGCCAGAUUGAUGAGGUUGCUUCUUGGUGAUGUAACUGGGGCAACAGAUUCAUACUAUGCUGGAUCAAUUGCUCUUUCACUCGGCUGUAUUCAUCGAAGUGCAGGAGGAAUGGCAUUGUCAAGUUUAGUGCCUGCGACAGUGAGUUCCAUCUCUUCUCUGGCUAAAAGUUCAAGAGCUGGUUUACAGAUCUGGUCUUUGCAUGGGCUUCUUUUGACCAUUGAAGCUGCUGGCUUGUCAUAUGUAUCACAUGUUCAGGCAACACUUGGUCUUGCUAUGGAUAUUCUUUUGUCUGAGGAGAAUGGGUGGGUUGACCUUCAGCAUGGAGUGGGCCGCCUUAUAAAUGCCAUUGUUGCUGUUCUUGGUCCUGAACUUGCCCCUGGCAGCAUUUUCUUUUCGCGCUGCAAGUCUGUUGUUGCAGAAAUAAGCUCCCGGCAGGAGACGGCGACACUUCUUGAGAGUGUCCGGUUUACGCAACAACUUGUUCUUUUUGCCCCACAAGCUGUUACUGUUCAUUCCCAUGUGAAAACUCUCUUUCCAACUCUAUCAUCAAGACAGCCGACUUUGAGGCAUCUAGCUGUGUCUACUCUACGACAUCUCAUAGAGAAAGAUUCGGCUUCUAUUAUUAAAGAACAAAUAGAAGUUACCUUGUUCCGUAUGCUGGACGAAGAAACUGAUACUGAGAUUGGGAAUUUGGUGCGUAGCACAAUUAUGCGAUUGCUCUAUGAAUCAUGCCCUUCAUCUCCGUCUCAUUGGCUAUCAAUAUGCCGUAAUAUGAUUCUUGCUACUCCAACAGAAAGUGAUGCAGGGACCAUCAACAGGUCCAAGGAUGAUCCUUUAAAUAGUCCAGAUGGUGAUCCGGUUUUGAAAUUUGGAGAAGAUGAUGAAAAUAUGGUUUCUGGCUCCAAAGGCUUGCCUAUUCAAGGAUACAUAUUUGAUUCUUCCAGUGGUAAUCCUAGAAGAAAUAAGCAUCUCCGAUAUCGGACCAGAGUUUUUGCUGCUGAGUGCUUGAGUCAUGUACCUGCAGCUGUUGGAAAGAAUCCUGCUCACUUUGACCUCUUGUUGGCGAGAAGACAAAAUGCUAAUGGGCAGGUUUCUGGCGACUGGCUGGCCAUCCAAGUGCAAGAGCUAAUAUCACUUGCUUAUCAGAUAAGCACAAUUCAGUUUGAAAACAUGCGGCCUAUUGGUGUAGGACUUCUAACUACCAUUGUGGACAAGUUUGAAAUGAUACCAGAUCCCGAUCUUCCUGGACACCCUCUAUUGGAACAGUAUCAGGCGCAACUAUUAUCUGCAGUCCGCACUGCAUUAGAUACAUCCUCUGGUCCUGUUCUUUUGGAGGCAGGCUUGCAGCUGGCUACUAAGAUAUUUACAAGCGGAAUAAUUAGUGGAGAUCAAGUUGCAGUUAAGAGAAUUUUUUCACUGAUUUCACGUCCACUGGAUGACUUCAAAGACCUUUAUUAUCCAUCUUUUGCAGAAUGGGUGUCAUGCAAGAUCAAGAUUAGACUUCUAACUGCCCAUGCCUCUCUUAAAUGUUAUACAUAUGCAUUCUUGAGGAGACAACAUAAUGGGAUUCCAGAUGAGUACUUAGCCCUGUUACCAUUAUUUUCAAAAAGUUCAAGUACUCUAGGGAAGUACUGGAUAUUGAUUUUAAAGGACUACAGUUAUGUCUGCUUCCGCAUGCUUCCUAAGAGAAAUUGGAAACCAUUCCUUGAUGGAAUUCAAUCACCUCUUGUUUCAUCAAAGGUUCUGCCAUGUUUAGAGGAAGCCUGGCCAGUAAUCUUGCAAGCACUUGCACUGGAUGCAGUUCCUGUGAAUUUUGAUGUGAAUGGAUCUUCCAAAACUAUGGAAAAUACACCAAGUAAAUUCAUUUCUGGAUACAGCAUGGUUGAACUGGAAUCAGAAGAAUUUCGGUUCCUUUGGGGCUUUGCUCUACUUGUUCUAUUUCAGGGACAAGAUCCAACUCUUAGCAAGCAUAUAAUACCUGUGGGUUCUGCAAAAGGAAAGUUUGGUGGUGACUCUCCAGUUGAAGAUAUAAAUCCUCUAACUUUGAAGUUGUAUGAGAUUGUGUUACCAGUGUUCCAGUUUCUGUCGGCUGAAUGUUUCUUCAACAUGGGAUUCCUUACGGUGGAUAUCUGUAGAGAAUUACUGCAGGUUUUCUCAUAUUCCAUUUGCAUGGAAGAUACAUGGGAUAGUCUUGCAAUCUCUGUUUUAUCACAGAUUAUGCAGAACUGCCCUGAUGAUUUUUUCCUUACAUCAGAAGAUUUUGCAUAUCUGGCAAUGGAACUUUGUUUUGGUUACCUUUUUAAAGUCUUUCAGAGCACUGAUGGCACUUCCCCAUGUCAACUGAAAGGGGAGGAUAAGAUUUCUGUGUCAUAUAUUGCAGCAAAGACUUUUGUGAGACGUUUUGAAAUUGAACCUAAGAAGCAAUUAAAAUCGGUCUUGGGAUUUAUUUUAGUUGGUUACAAGUGCAUUGGAAGGGCUUCUACUGAGUUAUGCUUUUCAAAGGCUAAGGAGUUUGUCCAGUUUAUCGGUUCUUUACUGAAGAAUCACAUUGAUGAUAAAUCUAGAUUUGGUGAUGAUGGCAUUUGCUACUUCAGAACAAUAAUUGGAGGUUGUCUAGAUGUGCUUGCUAGUUUAGCUAGUGAUUGCAUUAAUAGCAUUCAUCUAUUGAAGGAUAGGAGGUCAGACUCAUGUCAACUACUGCAAAUGAAACUUGCUUUCUCUCUUGAACAAAUUUCUUCAAUUGCUAGACUGGCUUAUGAAGUUGAAUGUCUUGGAGAGGACCAGAAGAGUCAUCCCAUCUUAUUUACUGUAUUGCAACAUUGCACUAAAUGUAUCCAGACUGUUCUUACUGAUUCUGACAUACAGGUUCAAGCAAUUGGGCUGCAAGUGCUAAAAAGCAUGGUACUGAGAGGUGCCAAUGUGGAAAGCAACUCUUUCCAAAUAUUCUUCGUUGGGGAGCUUUUUACAGAUAUUUUUACUAUUAUCCAGAAUAUGUUGAAGAAACCCAUAAAGGGGGAAGCAGUGCUCAUCGCUGGGGAGUGUUUGAGAAUCUUAAUGCUUCUGCAGACACUGUCUAAAGCCAGUCAAUGUCAAAAAGAUCUUAUGAAUCUUCUUUUGCAAGCUAUUGUCAUGGUUAUCUCAACAUCAGAAGAUGGUCAUGUUCAAGAAGUCAAUGAUUUAAGAAGUACAGCGGUGAAACUUGUUUCUCAGCUUGCUCAAGUUCCUUCCUCAGCAGUUUAUUUCAAGGACGUCUUGUUAGCAAUGCCUUUGACACACAGGCAGCAGCUUCAGGUUAUCAUUCGUGCUUCAGUAACGCAAGAUCAGAGUGCAACGGAAAUAAAAUCAUCGACACCACCUCUAGUGAUAAAGUUACCCGCCCAAGCAGAGGAUAGUAGAGAGAGAGAUUCUCCUCUAUCAACCCCCAAACACUCUGAUAACAAUAGUGAGGAUGAAGGUGAUGAGGAUGAAGAUGAUUGGGACACUUUUCAGUCUUUUCCCGCUUCAACAAAUGAAGCUGCUCCGGGUAGCCAUGAUUCUGAGCAGGCUGGUGUUGGAGCAGUGCCAAACAAUGAAUUUGAUCAAACCUUGUCUGAUCAAUCUGUAAUAGUUGCUGAAGGAAAUAUUGAGCCAUCCGAUGAUCACCAUGAGGAGAGAACUGGAGCAGUGCUGAAUCCUGAAAAUGAUCUGGCAUUUUCUCAUCUUCAGUCUGUUGAAGUUGCAGGAGGAGGAGAUACAGGAACAUUUGAUGAUCACCAUAAGGAGAGAAUUGGAGCACGUCCAAGCCAUGAAACUGACCAGGUCAUGUUUAAUCUGCAAUCUGCUGAAGUUGCAGAAGGAUAUACUGAUCGUCAAAAAGAAGUUAACCCAUCCGAUGAUCACCAUCACGAGAAAGGUACAAUUCCCAAGCAUGAAGAUGCAAAAGUAACAUCUCAAACCAAUGUACCUGAGGAUGGUGAGCGUAGUAAGGAGGGCCAAGAUGAAACGAAUGAUCUUCAAGUAACCUCGGGUCCUUUGCCUCCUGGAAAAUUUUCUGAUUUUGAGAACAGGGAAGCAAAUAUUAGAACACACAGUGAACAGCACGCGGAAGCUGACAAAGAUGUCGGAACCAAAAUCACUGAAAUUGAGAGCACCAACCCCACACACAGCGAACAGCAUCUGGAAGCUGAUAAAGAUGUUGGAACCAAAAUGACUGAAAAUGAGAGCGUUAACAGUUGUGACGAUAGUGGCAACAGCUCAGGAUUACCAAAAAGCCAAGACAAUAGUGCUAAACUAGGAAUAUCUAUGGACAUUGACAGAACUUGAAGUAUUUGUCAUGGGGACCUUAUAUUUAAUGAAGUAUUGUGUUCAUUACUCAAUUUACUCCAGGCACCAUACCGCGAGUAAUUCUAUCAGAAAGUCGAAUCGAAAUUCAACAUUUUUUGAAUGUUUAUGUGGGAGAAUCUAAUCAAUUAUAUAUAUAACAGGAGAUUUUGUUUCUA